AAUUUCUGCUUCUUCAACUGUUAUAUAUAUAUAUAUAUAUCGAGAGGCGGAAGCAAUCUGCAAUCUCAGGACAGAAGGUUGACCUAACUUGUUCCUACGACAAAGAAUAUAGUAGUGACAAGUUUGGGUUAAGACAAGGUUCUCUUUCAUCUAGAUGAAGAUGUGUGAUCUUCCGAAGGACAUGGCUGAGGAGGUGCUCUGUCGAAUUCCAGUGACAUCUCUGAGACCUAUCCGAUCUACUUGCAAAAAGUGGAACAAGUUGUCCAAGUGUGGCUUAUUUGCAAAGAAGCACCUUGCUCAUCAAGCAAAAGUAGCAGAAGAAGAAGCAAAGGAGGGCCGUCUUGUGGUCAUGAUGAUGGAUUAUAGGGUUUUUUUGAUGAGAUUCAAUCUUUCCAACAAAUCAUGUGUAGUAGAGCGUGAAGCUAGACUUAUUGGCCCAGACGGUUCAGAUCAACUCGAUGUGUGUGGAAUUUUUCACUGCGACGGUUUAUUGUUAUGCAUCCCCAAAGAUCACUCCAGGCUCGUGGUUUGGAACCCGUAUUGGGGGCAAACCAGGUGGAUCGAGCACACACAUAAUUGCCGCUUAGUGGACAAGCAUAGGUGUUCUUAUACGUAUGCUCUCGGUUACGACCGUAACAGUAAGUCCCACAAAGUCUUGAGAGUUAUUGAUUUUCUCUCUCAUUUUGUCGAGUUCAAAAUCUACGACUUCAGUUCUGAUUCAUGGAGGAUUAUUCUUGACCUCUUUCCUCGAACGUGGAUGAUAAGAUAUGGUGAACGUGGCCUAUCUUUAAAGGGAAACACCUACUGGUUUGCUGCAUAUAGACAAUCUACCAAUGGUUUCUUAGUCUGUUUCGAUUUCACAAGAGAGACAUUCGGGCCGCCUUUGUCUCUACCGCGUGUGGCUUCUUUUCAAGAUACCGUGAGUCUAUCUAGUGUUAGAGAAGAUCAGCUUGUGGUUUUAUUCCAGACCUUGACUAUAUUGACGUUUGAGAUCUGGAUUUCCACUAAGAUUGGUGAUGACCCUAACGCCGUGUCCUGGAACAACAAGUUUUUCUUAUCGGCCAAUAUCAAACAACUCAUUCACCCUCAGUGGCAGUUUCCUGCAUCUGCGUGUUUCUUCAUUGCCGAGGACAAUAAAGUCGCCGUGGUUUUUGAUAAAGACACAGAUAUACAAAACCCCACUCGCGAAGUAGCUUACAUCAUUGGAGUAGAUGGAUCCUUGAAAGAAGCAGCAGAUGUCAGAGAAUGUGCAGACCGUCAUUGUGGUGCAUUUCUUUGCUCAUAUGUUCCAAGCUUAGUGCAACUUAAUUAAAUAGCUCCCCCCUCCCCCCCCUCCCCCCCCAACCUAUUUAUUUUACUUGUUUUGUUUCCUUCCUCAUCGAAAGACUUGUACUCAAUAAUACUCAUAUCUAUUUUUAAGUUUUUUUUU